UUGGGAUAUUCCAAGUGCAUCAGCAGAGCCAGUGAACUGAAACUUAGCAUGGCUGUCCAUGAUGCUUCACUGAAAAUAGACAACCUGGAUGUUGUCUCCAAAACAAGUCUAGAUAAUAUUAGCACUGGUAGCACGAACAGUGAGGAGACAGAUGAGAAUAUGUUUAACUUCCAGGGUAAUAACAGCAGUUUCUAUAAGGCAGUGCAGAAAAACAAUCAGGCUAAAGUCACAGAGAAGUCUCCCAAGCAUUCUAAAUUCUUAGGCUUUUCUAAAAUGGCCUCUUUCAGGAAAACCAAGCCAAUGAUUGCUGAAAAUCAAGGCAGCACCAAAAACAAGAGAGAAGAAUUAGGAAGACAGGAAGAGGGUGAGGUAGAAGACAGCACGAAGUCUUUGCAAAACAGUUCAUCCAGCUCCACUUCCCAUAGCAAGGACAGCUGCCUUGCAGAAUAUUCAGAUGACGACGACUUAUUCUAUGAAAGACCUGUUGGAGCAUUUAACAGAAUUAGCCUGAGAAAGGCUUCCAGCUCUGGCCGGACACUCUUAGAAGAUGUGGGCACUAGUCCUACUCCAAAAAUGGCCAGAUCAAAAUACUUUGAAGGAAAAGUGUUAACUUCUGUUGAGAAUAAUGAGAAUGAGUCUGCAGAAUAUCCCGAACUGAGGAAAUCCUCAUCUGAGAAUGACUUUAAAAGGAACAAAAGCACAGAGAGUAAAAAAUUCCGGACUAGAUUGGCCUUGGCCCACAGAUCCUUCUCAAGUUUCUUUGAAUCUAAAUCUUUAGAGAAGGAAAAUGCUGAACAAAGUCCAAAGAUUUCAAUGAAAAAUGAAAAGGAAAAAGCCAAGUUGUACCAAACGUCCUGGAAAGCAUUUCUGAAAAGCAAGGAGGCAGAUGGUCUGAAGCGAUCUGCCUUUAGUUCCCUUCCAACACAGCAGAGUUCUUGUACACACAGGAGCCCUGGCAGCUUUGCUAGAAGGGCAUCCAAAGAAAAACUUGAGUGCCACAACGGACAAAUCUGUAAGAGUUCAGGAGUGUCUAAUGGCUCUUCUACAGAAGCUGGGCAUUCUGAUUCCUCUGGGACCAGUGACUUUAUGCCUGUAGGUGAUAGGAGGAGGAAAGGUGUAUCUCGUGAACUUAGUAUACACUGUUCUCAUUGCCCAAACUACGAUGGGAAAGAGGAAGCAAUGGACAAUGACAAAGAUGCUUCCUUUGAAGAAUUUUGGUUGAAAUCUCCAGUCAGCCCAAUUGACUUGCAGUCAUCAUUUUCUCACUUCACUCCUUCUUGCCCCCAUCUGUCAAUGUAUGAACGGAAAGAUAUGCCAUGCAGGCCUAUGAGCCCCAAACCUCAGAGUCCUAGGACCAGUUCUCGAAAGGGUUUCUAUUACCCUGGAAGAUUAAGUUCCACUUCAAUGAUAUCUCUGGGCAACAUUUCUGCCAUGGAUAGCAAUUUGGAAGCUCCAGAAAGGCCAAAGACAUUGAAACCUAGGUCUAGCUUCUUGUUGUCUAUGCAUUCAUUAGAUAAUGACUAUCAAAGAGAAGACAGUGGGAUAAGCAGCCAGUCACAGAUCAGCUUAAACACUGCUUCCUCAGUGAGCGAUAUCAUCAGAGAUGUGGAGAAUAUCCAGCAAAGUCAAAUUACAUCAGAAAAGAAGCCAGGUGAGAAACGGAGUCUCCAUUGCAGAAAAACGUCUACUCAGAUGCCCCUGUCUCCACACUCAUUCUCACACACAGAGAACAAAACCUGGAUGCUUCCCUUCCAUGUUCAGGAGGGAAGAGCAAAUGAGUGCACCCACAGGAAGAGACGCAGACCCUUAUACAAGCGUUUCAGCUUUGAUGAUGCAUGGAUGGAAAGGAAUCGGAAAAGGAAGCUUGUGAAGGAAACACAGUCAGACAGAGAGAGUGAACCAAGUAACUUCCCAGAGGAUCAGUUAAAAGUUAAAAUGCAACCAUCCAUUGUUUCGCCAGUGACCUUCAGUGCUCGCCCUUUCAAAUUACAUCUGUAUUCCCAGAGCACACCCACAGGUUUGGACUGUGUGGGCCUGAAGCAGCACAUCUCCUUUCCAGUAAUUGCUGAUGGGUCACUGGAGAAGACAAGUGAUGAUGUGGGGAGUGAAGAAGAUUUAUAUGAUGAUUUCCGGAGUUCCAGUCACCGUUAUGGUCACCCAGGUGGUGGAGGAGAGCAACUUGCUAUUAAUGAGCUCAUCAGUGAUGGAGGUGUGGUCUACGCAGAGGCCCUCUGGGAUCAUGUCACCAUGGAUGACCAAGAAUUGGGCUUCAAGGCUGGUGAUGUCAUUGAAGUAAUGGAUGCCACUAACAAGGAAUGGUGGUGGGGCAGGAUAAUGGACAGCGAGGGAUGGUUCCCAGCAAGCUUUGUACGGCUCCGAGUGAACCAGGAUGAACCAAUGGAAGAUUAUCCUCUGAAGUUAGAGGAUGGCAGAGAAGACGACUCCCGAAAUGCUGCCCAUCGUUAUGUGGUGGGGCAAACAACCAAGGAUCAGAUGAGGACCAACGUUAUCAAUGAGAUCCUAAGCACAGAGAGAGAUUACAUCAAACACCUGAAGGACAUCUGUGAGGGCUAUAUAAAGCAGUGCCGUAAAAGAGCAGAUAUGUUCACCGAGGAGCAGCUGAAAACCAUCUUUGGGAAUAUUGAGGAGAUCUACAAGUGCCAGAAAAAAUUUGUUAAAGCAUUGGAGAAAAAAUUCAACAAAGAUUACCCGCACCUGAGUGAAAUUGGGUCCUGCUUCCUGGAAUAUCAAAAUGAAUUCCAGAUCUACUCGGAGUACUGCAACAAUCACCCUAAUGCCUGUGUGGAGCUUUCCCGACUCACCAAAGUGAGCAAGUAUGUCUAUUUCUUUGAAGCCUGUCGGCUUCUUCAAAAGAUGAUUGACAUCUCUCUGGAUGGCUUCCUCCUGACUCCAGUGCAGAAGAUCUGCAAGUACCCACUGCAGCUUGCAGAACUGCUGAAGUACACAAACCCACAACAUAGGGAUUUUAAAGACGUGGAAGAUGCUUUAAAUGCCAUGAAAAACGUAGCACGGCUCAUCAAUGAGAGGAAGAGGCGUUUGGAAAACAUAGACAAAAUUGCUCAGUGGCAGAGUUCCAUAGAGGAUUGGGAGGGUGAAGAUGUCCUUGUCAAGAGUUCUGAACUCAUCUAUUCUGGAGAAUUAACUAAAAUUUCCCAGCCUCAAGCCAAGAGCCACCAGAGAAUGUUCUUCCUCUUUGAUCAUCAGCUUGUCUGCUGCAAGAAGGAUCUCUUGCGACGUGAUAUCCUGUACUAUAAAAGCCGAAUCAGCAUGGACAACAUGGAGAUCCUGGAUGUGGAAGAUGGCAAAGACAGAGACUUCAAUAUCACUGUUAAAAAUGCAUUCAAGUUGCACUGUAAAGAUACAGAGGAAGUCCACUUGUUCUGUGCAAAAAAGCCUGAACAGAAGCAGCGUUGGCUCAAGGCAUUUGAGAAUGAAAGGAGGCAGGUUCAGCUCGACCAGGAAACGGGUUUUUCCAUCACUGAAGUUCAGAAGAAACAAGCUAUGCUUAAUGCCAGCAAACAAAACCAGACUGGAAAACCAAAAGUGGUCACCAGGACGUACUAUGACUUCCUGAUGCGCCAGAAGCACCCUACCUUGCCUACAAACCUCCCCCAGCAGCAAGUCUUCAUGCUGGCAGAGCCCAAACGCAAGCCUUCAAACUUCUGGCAGAACAUCAGCAGGCUGGCACCAUUUCGAAAAUAAUCGGAAGCAGCUUGUAUCCUGUGCCUGAAGACCUUCUGAGAAAGCACUUUAUGCACCAAGCCCUGCAAAACUAAGCACUAGCUCCCCCUCCUGGCUGUCAGAGUGAUAGCACCUCCCCUUUAUUUUCCUUGUUUCUUUUGCCAGAUUGAAUGGGCUUAAGUGUAGAGGAUGACAUGGACCAUAUUUUGUUGUGUGUGUGUAUGUGUGUGCGUGUCUUAUGCUUUCUUUUAUUUUGAAAAUAAAUCCUCAAGCCUGCACAUCCUUUUGAAAACCCAGAAGAGAAAGCACGAGACUGGAGUUUGAACUUCCUUCCCUUUCUUUUUUUAACGUUCCUCAGUUCUUGGGCUGUGCCUCCCCUUAGGAAUGGUGUUUGCUUUCAGCCAGGCAGAAAGGGUGAGCAAGUGAACAGUCCCUGUUCCCUGCUUGAUGUUUGCUCAGAACAGCUGGUCAUCAUUACUGCUGUUCAUGCACUUUGCAAUUCCCCUCCUCUUCACUCCACCAGUCCCACUAUUCAUGGAAAUCCUGAAGAACAGAACAUCUUUGCCUGGCACUUGGAUAACAGUCAUAGGGAACCAUCCUUAGCUGAAGACAAAACUAUUGAUGGUGAGCCAGAACAUCAACUAUGGAUCCUGAAGCAUGACUAACAACAGAGACUUCUGCAAUUUAGUUGAAUUAAUGUAUAUGAGGGAGGGGUGCUAGGGGGAAAUGUGCCUAAAUUAACUCCGGAUUACUUUUCUCUCUACAACACUUUGCCAUAGUUUCUGGCCAAUGAAAAAUUUCUCAAUGUUUUUAAUGUUUAUUUAUGGUAAAAGUGCAGAUAACUGUAUUUUGUAAAAGUUUGUAAUCAGUCUUGUCAGAUGUUAACUUGAUGCCUGUUUUAUUUUUCUCCUGACAAAAGACCAACAUUUGUAAGCCUAAACACUUAACAAUAUGCCAUGCAGAAGUGUCUAAAGAUGAAUUGCAUAUGUAGCAGACACUCAUAUAGAUCAGUAUUACUGGAUACUAUGCCACCCAUGCAGAUGUCUGCAGGAAGAGGCAAGGGUGCUACAAGAAAAAUUGGAACACAGGUCCUUAAUUUGUAUGGGUGGGUUGCAUUUAAGCACCUGCACUUCAAAAUUAUGGGCAGAAAUACUCAUUUAAUCCUUUAUUAGAUACAAAAAAAAGAGAUUUGCCUUAUAAUAGAGAGAUAGUUAGAAGCCAUAACUGACUGGAUCCCAUAAUUUGGGGAUUCCUGGUACUGUGAAGUUGGAAGGCAAACCCCAACUUACUCUUGUAUUAAACUACUGCAGAGAAGUGAGCACUGAGCAGUCUGAAGGAAAGCAAUGCAGUGUCCAACAGUAGUUGGCCAAAGACCAGUCACCUGAAUCCAGAAGCAUGUACAGAUUCAUUCUUGCACUAUCUUUCCCCCUCAUGGGAGGGGGCUACACUUAAUUUCAUAAAGAAACUUGCAAGUGA